AUGGGAGGGCCCAGGUGGAAGCCGGCUGACGGCAACUCCUCAUUAGGCUUCAGCAGCUACAACACCAAGAAGAUCCUGGCGGAGGGCCUCCUGGAUAUUGGGCUUCUAGUUGCAAAUGCAACCCAAUUGAUGUCCCUUCUUAGUAUUGGAUCCGCCGCGGAUUUUUAUUACCCAAACCUGGUGCUCAUCAGUCUUUCUGUAACACUUCAGAUGGCGACAGGAGCUUUGCUGCUUGUCCUUGGAGGUAUGGAAUACAAGCAUUUAGAGGGAAGACGUAGCGCCAACCGUCUCAAUAACAUCAUCGUCGGCUUCGUAUUUGCCAUCACGGUGAUAAAUGUGUUGGUUGCUGCAUUUGGGAUUAAAAUGCCAGAAAACUGA